AUGUCUUCUAUAAAAAGAAAUCCAAAGAAGGAGUUAAUUUCUCAAUUUCACUGUUCAGCUGCUGAAGGGGACGUAGCCAGGUUAACAAUAAUACUCAGUCAUUCUCCAUCUCUUCUCGAUGAAACUUCUGAAAAUGGCUGGACUGCCUUAAUGUAUGCUGCAAGGAAUGGGCACCCAGAUGUUGUCCAGUUUCUGCUUGAGAAAGGGUGUGACAGGUCCCUUGUCAAUAAAUCAAGGCAGACUGCACUGGAUAUUGCUAUAUUUUGGGGUCAUAAGCAUAUAGCUAACUUAUUAGCUAAUGCCAAAGGUGGGAAGAAGCCUUGGUUCCUAACCAGUGAAGUGGAAGAAUGUGAAAACUAUUUUAGCAGGACACUACUGGAUCGGAAAAGUGAAAAAAGAAAUAAUACUGAUUGGCUACUAGCUAAAGAAAGCCAUCCAGCCACAGUUUAUGUCCUUUUCUCAGAUUUAAAUCCCUUGGUUACUCUAGGUGGCAAUAAAGAGAGUUUCCAACAGCCGGAAGUCAGGCUUUGUCAGCUGAACUACACGGAUAUAAAGCAUUUUUUGGCCCAGCCUGAAAAGAUCACCUUGAUUUUCCUUGGAGUAGAACUUGAAAUGAAAAAAGAGUUAUUGAAUUAUGCUGGGGAAUUCCCAAAAGAAGAAGAUGAUGGGUUGGUUGCCUGGUUUGCUCUAGGUAUUGAUCCUAUUUCUGCUGAAGAAUUUAAGCAAAGGCAUGAAAAUUGCUACUUUCUUCAUCCUCCAAUGCCGGCACUUCUGCAAUUAAAAGAAAAGGAAGCUGGGGUUGUUGCUCAAGCAAGGUCUGUUCUUGCCUGGCACAGUCGAUACAAGUUCUGCCCAACCUGCGGAAGUGCAACGAAAAUUGAAGAAGGCGGCUAUAAAAGAGUAUGUUUAAAAGAAGACUGUCCUAGCCUCCAUGGCGUUCACAAUACAUCAUAUCCAAGAGUUGAUCCAGUAGUAAUCAUGCAAGUUAUUCAUCCAGAUGGGACCAAAUGUCUUUUAGGCAGACAGAAGAGAUUUCCCCCAGACAUGUUUACUUGCCUUGCUGGAUUUAUUGAACCUGGAGAGACGAUAGAAGAUGCUGUUCGAAGAGAAGUAGAAGAGGAAAGUGGAGUCAAAGUUGGCCAUGUUCAGUAUGUCUCUUGUCAGCCAUGGCCAAUGCCCUCCUCCUUAAUGAUUGGUUGCUUAGCUGUGGCAGUGUCUACAGAAAUUAAAGUUGACAAGAAUGAAAUAGAGGACGCUCGCUGGUUCACUAGAGAACAGGUCGUGGAUGUUCUGACCAAAGGGAAGCAGCAGGCAUUCUUUGUGCCACCAAGCCGAGCUAUUGCUCAUCAGUUAAUCAAACACUGGAUAGGAAUGAAUGCCAAUCUCUAA